AUGGUCUCCCACAAGCGCAUCCUCAUCGCCCUCGUCGCCCUCUUCGCCCUGUCCACCGCAAGCGUCUCGGCUGCCCCCGACGAGUUCUUCCAGCAGUCCGUCACUGGCAUCGUGCGCAACAUCGACCGCAUGUACGACGAGCUCGCAGAGGCCACCGGAAGGCGUGCAGACGACCUCCUCCGCCAGGACCUGAGCCGCCUCCCCGGAGCCGCCGACAAGCUCGACAGCUUCCACGACCAGGUCCCGUCCUACUCCAGGGCCCAGGCAUUCAAGCACUGGCUCAACACCAGGGCGGGAAGAGAGUACUACGACCAGGUCCAGAGCCUCGUCAUGGAGCACAAGAGGCGCUACUGGUAG